AUGACGUAUCCGGCUGCUCCGGUGAUCCGUCCCCCGCCACAGAUGUAUCCCGGCCAGGGACCACCGCCAAUGGUGCGUGGCCCGCCGCCGCAGUUUCCUCCUCCCGGUGCCAGGCCCGGAGACCCACCUCAGCAGUUUCCCAGUCCUCCGAUGCAGUAUGGGCAAAGACCAAUGGGGCCUCCACCGCCCGGGCCUCCGGGGCAGAUGAUGAGGGGUCCACCACCUCGCCAAGGAAUGCUGCCUCCUCCCGGUGUGUUUGGAGGACCUCCACGGGGAAUGCCGCCGCCGCCUCAGAACCCCAACCAGCAGCAGCAACAGUGA